UGUCUUUCAUAAUUAACCAUGUCGCUAAAACAAAACUAUCUUAUUAUUGCCUCUCUGUUUUCUAUGGUUACACAUAUAUGCACCCAAACUUUGGAUUAUAAAUAUUACAGGGCAUUGGAUUAUGAAGCGAACUAUGUUAUGGGAUGGCGUUUUAAUGAUACUCAUAUAGACUUUGAGCUCACUGUCAACACUUUGGGCUAUGUGGGGUUCGGAAUCUCAGAUGUUGGGCUUAUGAACCCGGCUGACUUACUUAUAGGAUGGAUUAGUGAUGGAAACAUGUACCUUGGUGAUUACCAUACGAAAAGUGACUCCCGCACGCCCUAUAUGGACACCAGUCAAGACUGGAUAAUACAAGAUGGUGAGGAACAAAACGGGACGACAAUUCUCAGAUUCUCACGAAAACUGGUCACCUGCGAUCCGGGAGAUCGGCCUUUUACGAAAGAUCGACUGCAGCUGAUUUGGAGUUUCGGGGGAGACGAUCCAGAACUGGCCAACGGUCUGGUUCCCUAUCACGGUGACACCAAGCGAGGCUCCACAAAUAUAAUUCUUCUUGAAAAUGACGCAAUUCCGCCAAGCUUUCCACCACCCAAUACAUUCUUAUUACCAUUGAAGAAUCAUGAGUAUGUAAUUCCAGCGACUGGUUCCUCCUUACAGUGUAUUGUCUUUGAUCUCAGCAGCCUGGUACCAGAAAGUCAUAUAAUCAAGUACGAAGCGGAAAUAACUCCCGGAAAUGAAGCAUUUGUGUAUAGAAUGAUACUGUACAGGUGCGACCUAAAGGACCCGGACCUAAAUGGUGCAAGGUUUGAUUGCGAGGCAGACGCACCGAGUACCGUCAAAUCCUGCAAGAAUACCGUAGCCAGCUGGUCAAUGGGAGCAGAGAGCUUUCACUUCCCCGAUAACGUAGGUAUACAUAUGGGCGGAGCUAACGAGCCGUCAACGUACGUUCUGGAAAUCCAUUAUUCAAAGUACCAAGAGCCAAUGGCGCCUGACGGUACUCCCAUAGUAAUUCCGGACAGUUCCGGACUUCAGAUUACCUACACAACGUCUCCGAUAGUAAAUAAGGCCGGUAUGUUAGAGAUUGGAAAGGUGAUCAGUCCUGGAUGGCAGCAGAUUAUACCAGAAAAGGAAGAAGCGUUCACAUCAACGUCCGUCUGUUCGCCGAGAUGUAUGAACUGGGGGUUUUCAACUGACAAGACGCCAGUAAACGCUAUAGCUGUCAUGUUGAAAGGAAAUGACGUAGCAUCUGAAAUAAAACUACGUCAUUUCCGGGGAAAUGAUGAGUUACCAUGGAUUACGGUGGACCAAAAAUUUUCUAACUUUUACCAGGCAGCAAGGUUGCUUACUACUCCAGUGACAAUAGAAUCGUCGGACACGCUUAUGGUAGAAUGCACGUUCAACACUUCUUCGAGAUCUGCGAAAACAAAGGGUGGCUGGUCCCGUAUUGAAGAGGUGUGCCGGGCAACAAUCGUGUAUUAUCCCGCCAAACCGUUUGACAUGUGUCUCAGCUGGUCCAGUUACGACAACCUGUUUGCCAAGAACGGUACCAAGAUUCCCGAAGAAGCCGCUGCAGAUUUUUUGGGCAACGUCACGCAGUGGGAUGCUCCAAUGAAGAAUAUGUUAAAGCAAGCGCUAAAGAAAUCAAGCGAAAGAUCCAUCUGUUCCUCCAUAUCUAGACAACCAGCCUACGCCAUUGACCGCUACAGUCUGCCCCCGAAUACCAGACGAUACGCAGAGGCGCCCUCACCCUGCGAAAAGAAUGUGCGCCAGUGAUGCUAUUAUAAAACAUCUAUAUCUUUUCUCUGAUUGCGUGUUAAAACAGUAGCGUGUGUAAUUUUUGCGACUGCCUAUUUUCUACAAAUUUUAGCAAAACCGUGCCACCUGUGAAUUGAAAACGACUGUAAAGAAAUGGAAAAUAUCUAAACAAUUCUUAUGAAUGCGAAUAAAAGCUCUUUUCAAAAUAUGCGACGCGAAAAGUACGAAUUCUACGGUACAUGUGGAACUCUUUUCCGUGAAAAAACAUGCAAAAAGAUAGCAGUCUUCUUAAAAAAAAAAAAAAAAAAAAAAAAAAAAAAACGGCAGAUGGACUGAUGGACAUUUAUAAAUUUCUUAUGAUAUUGCGGACUUUUGGAUACUUUUUAUUCAUUACUAUGUAAUGGCUGGAUGACUUCAAGUUCGUAGUACUAAAAUUAAAGAUGAUAUAUGUGACCUUGCUUCAUGUGUUCUUAUUUACAUUACGUAAUGUACACAGGAGCACCAUGUCCUUAACCAAACAUAACUAGCUUGAUUGAUAUAUUACAUAGACAAAUCACUGUUUGUAAUAUUUAAUGUC